UUAUAUUUAUGUUAUGUUCAUUGCUGCUAAUAUUUCUUAGAAUAAUUCUUAUGAAGACGUUCGCUCGAUUUAUUAUGAUUUGUUAUUCUGUCGCGUAUAUUUCGUUUCCAUAUAAUAUAAUUCAGUUGAAAUCGUGCCACGGACCACGAAACAUCAUUGUAUCGUAGAAAGAGUGAUGAUUAUAUGGAACAAUUCAUAUCAGAAAUAAUUAUAAUUAAUACAACCAAAAAUUGUAAUUUUCAAUAAUGGAAACGAAAGAUUUCAUUGAUUUUGGCAAAGCAAUGAUAGAUUUUAUCGCUAAUUAUACGGAGAAUUUGAGAAAGAUUAAUGUUCUACCGAAUGUCGAACCAGGAUAUCUUAGUAAACUGUUGCCGGAAGAAGCACCGCAGAAGCCAGAAAGUUGGCAAGAAGUGUUCAAAGAUGUGGAACGAUAUAUUUUACCAGGAAUAACCCAUUGGAAUUCCCCCAAUUUUUAUGCUUUUUAUCCAACAGCAAACUCUUAUCCCGCCAUUAUAGGAGAUCUUUUAUGCAAUAGCAUUGGUAGCAUAGGAUUAUCAUGGAUAUCUUCUCCAGUGUCUACCGAACUCGAAAUAAUUGUAAUGAAUUGGCUUGGAAAAUCAUUAGGAUUGCCAGAUGAAUUUUUAAAUUGCAGUGGAGGUCUUGGAGGAGGUGUUAUAGAGGGAUCAGCAAGUGAAACCACAUUAUUAUGUUUAAUAGCAGCAAAAGAGCAAACUGUGCGCUAUAUAAAAAGUCUGCAUCCAGAAUGGGAAGAAGGUUUUAUCAAAGCCAAAUUGGUUGCAUAUACUUCUGAUCAAUCGAAUUCCUCGGUAGAGAAAGGUGGUAAACUCGCGUCAGUUAUCAUGAAAUUUUUAGCUACUGAUGAGAAAUACGCUCUUCGAGGUGAAACAUUACUCAAAGCGAUCAAAGAGGAUUUGAAAAAAGGUUUAAUACCUUUUUGCGUAAUAGCUACAUUGGGUACCACUGGUACAUGUGCUUUUGAUAAUCUUGAAGAAUUGGGACCAAUUUGUGAAGAAUACAAUAUAUGGUUGCAUAUCGAUGCUGCAUAUGCAGGUUCUGCAUUCAUUUGCCCUGAGUAUCGAUACUUGAUGUCCGGUAUUGAAUAUGCCAAUUCCUUUAAUGUUAAUGCACAUAAAUGGAUGCUAAUAAACUUUGAUUGUUCAUUGUUAUGGGUAAAGGAUUCUAAAAAAUUUACCGAAGCUUUCAAUGUAGAUAGGAUUUAUUUAAAUCAUAAUAAACCAGGAUUACCUGAUUUCAGAAAUUGGCAGAUAUCUUUAGGUCGUCGAUUUCGUUCGUUGAAAAUUUGGUUCGUAUUACGUAUUUAUGGGAUCGAAGGUAUCCAACAUUACAUACGACACACAAUUGAGUUGGCUAAAAUGUUUGAAAAUUACGUUAAAAAUGACUGUAGAUUUGAAAUGAUGACCGAAAGAUCUAUGGCUUUAUGUUGUUUCAAAAUAAAGGGUGACGAUUGUUUAACCAAGGAGCUUAUCGAUCGAUUAACAGCCGAAAGAAAGAUUUAUGUAACAGCUGGAAUGUGUCGCGAUAAAAUAAUCGUCCGAUUUGUGGUAGGUUGUCGUUUGUCUCGCGAAGAGGAUAUCACCUUUGCGUGGCGCGAAAUCACAAAUCAUACAACAGAAAUUCUCAAAUCUUUGAAACACUCUUCCGCGAAGGAAGAAUCUUUCAAAUCCACAAAUGAUAUAGUGGCGAGGAUCGAAUGCUUAAACCUUGAAUCGAAAACGCAAAAGAUAACGUAAAACAUAUUGCAUUUUAUUUAUUUGAUAAUUCGUAAAAUGAAAAAUCAUAGAGGCUUCUUCUUGAUUAGAUAUCACAUCGUAAAUAAACGUUGUUUAAAUUGUAAUAUAU